CGGCAAAGCAGCGCCCGCGAUCUGCUUUAUCAGCCACGUUGGAACGUCUGACGGAUCGACCGAAAAAUUAGUUGCAUCGUCGCCAGGUUUAAUUAAAAAAGUGGAAUUUGGUGUGAUUUUGGUGCGCUUUUACGGGAAAUUGUUUGCAAAGCCAACAAGAUGAAAGUGAAGGAGCUGCAGAAGAUGGUCAACGUGGCCUGGUCGCCGGUCCAGCAGGACCCGAUAAUGUUGGCGGCGGGCACGGCGGCCCAGCAGUUGGACGCCACGUUCAGCACGGCGGCCGCAUUGGAGCUGUACUCGAUAAAUCUGGAAGAUCCGAGCUACGAUCUGAAGCUGCUGGGAAGUCAGACGAGUGCGCACCGGUUCCACAAGGUCGUGUGGAGUCCGUUGGACUUUGGUACGGCCGCGAACCCGAACGGGGUCAUCGUGGGGGGAUGUGAAGGUGGCGUCAUUCAGGUUUACAGCGCUUCAAAGUUGUUGGCCGGGGAAAAUGCGCUGAUGGCCCAGCAGGACAAGCACAACGGAGCGGUGCGCAGUAUGGACUACAACCCGUACCAGAACAAACUGUUGGCAUCGGGAGCGUCGGAGUCGGAAAUUUUCAUCUGGGAUCUGAACAACACGGCGGCGCCGAUGAGCCCAGGAACGAAGGUGCAACCGUUUGAAGAUGUCCAGGGUCUCGCGUGGAAUCGACAGGUCCAGCACAUCCUGGCCUCCGUCUUCAGCUCGCGUUGUGUUAUCUGGGAUCUGCGCAAGAACGAACCCAUCAUCAAACUGACCGACACCCAAUCGCGGAUUCGUUGGCGCGCCGUCCAGUGGCACCCGGAAGUGGCCACCCAGCUGUGGGUCGCCAGCGAGGAAGAUCAAGCGCCCUCCGUUCAAUUGUGGGAUCUCCGCUACGCGACCGCCCCCACCAAAACCUUCCACAUCCACCAGCGAGGUGUCCUCGGAUUGACCUGGUGCCCGAAGGACUUCGACCUGGUCGCGUCCUGCGGCAAGGACAACAAAAUCUACUGCUGGAACCAAAACUCUGAAGAGCAAAACGGGGAAAUCCUCUCGGAGCUCGCGACCACCAACCAGUGGAACUUCGACGUGGCCUGGUGCCCCCGCAACCCGGCCCUCAUCGCCGGUUCCUGCUUCGACGGCAACGUAACCGUUUACUCGAUCAACGGCGGAGCGCACGCCCAGGUCCAAACCGUAAACAAAAUCGCCGAUUCGUUUCCUGGAAUGGACAGCAUCGGGCACGAGCCGGUCCAUCCGUUCGCAGGACAGCCGCAGCCGACCUGUAACGAUCUUAAGCGACCGCCCAAGUGGUUGAAGCGACCAGCGGGAGCGUGCUUUGGGUUUGGCGGCAAGCUGGUCACGUUCAACGGAACGAGCCGCACCGUCACCGUCAACCAGGUCGUAACGGAUCGCGAGCUGAUCGAGCGCUCGAACCGGCUCGAGCAGGUGCUGGCCGAGGGUAACUUUGGCGAGUACUGCCGCCAGAAGGCGGACCAAACCGCCGACCAGCACUCGCGCUUCCUGUGGUACUUCCUGAAGGCCAACUUUGAGGAGAACCCGCAGGCCGAGAUGCUCAACUUGUUGGGGUACCACACCGAAGAUAUUGCAAACAAGUUUAAAAAGUACACCGAAAGCGGCAAAGAGCCGGAGGCGCCGGCGGAUCCCGUGGAAGGACUAACCGACCAGAUGGCUGGAUUGAGCCGGAAUAACUCCACCGAGACGGAUCCCACCACCGACGAUAGCACCGAUCUCUCGACCCUGGACAACAACGCCGUGUUCGACGCGAUCGCCGCCGGCAACAAACUGCUCAACGAUCAGCACCAGGAUGCUGCAGCCAACAUCUCGGGAAGCGAAAAGCCCAGCGACAACAUUCCGUACCGCAUCCGGACGGGCACCGACACGGAGGGGCUGAUUUGCGAGGCGCUGCUUACGAAGAACUUGGAGGCGGCUGUGGAACUGUGCAUGGAGGCCGGGAAGACGACGGAAGCGCUGAUCUUGGCGAUGAACGGAGGUUCGGAGCUGUUGGCGCGAGUUCAGUACCGGUUUUUGAAGAAUAGUGACAGCUAUUUGGCGAACAUUAUUUCGGCGUUGGUGACGGAGGAUUGGAGUGGGGUCGUGACGCAGUGUACGAUCGACUCGUGGAAGGAGGCGCUGGUUGCGGCGUUGACGCACUGUCAGGGUCAGUUGCCGCUGCUUUGUGAACGGUUGGGGGAGCGGCUGCAGAUUGAGGCUGGCGGGGAUGUGGAGUUGGCGAGGAAUGCGAUUUUGUGCUAUGUUUGUGCGGGGAGUACGGAGCGGUUGGUGGAGGCUUGGAAUCUGCAGAAGCCGAACGGGUCGUUUGGAGAUUUUGUGAACGGGGAGCCGGAUAAGAAUAACAACAGCAAUCGGGACUUGCAGGAGUUGGUGGAGGUCGCGAUGUUGCUGCAGAAGGCGCUGGAGAGGCAGGGUAGGGCUACGAAUGUUACUGGGAAGUUGGCGGAUUUGUUGUCGCAGUACGCGAGUUUGUUGGCGGCGCAGGGUUCGCUGAACUCGGCGUUGACCUAUGUUGGUAAUUCAACUGACCCGGAGAUGGAGGAACUGCGGGAGCGAUUAUACUAUGCACUUGGACAUAAGACUGCGGCGCCUGUUCAGCAGCCUCAGCAGAAUAGCUACUACCAGAAUGGACCACGAGGAUCAAUCCCGAAUCAACAGCAACCUCCGUCGUUCAACAACCCGAUGUUCCCCACAAUUGGACAAGCCGCCAAGGUCAAGGCCUGGCAGUCGCAGAACAACGCACCGCAAAUCGCUCCAACUCCCCCGGUUCCAACAAUCCCACAACCUUCAAUGAAUCAACAACCUUCCUGGAACACCUCGCCCUUCCAGGGCGGACUUCCUCCCCAGCAGCAGCAGCAACAACCGGCCGUAACUCCCUUCAACCCUGGCCCACCACCUCCCGCUUCAACGCCCUUCACCGCGGCCAAACCUCCGCUGGAUCAACCUGCCCGACCUGGAUCAGGAGCCUCCCAAACCGGUGGUUCCUCCCUCGGCCGAGCCAAGUACGUCCUAGACCCAUCGGUCACCUCCGGCUCCAACUACGGCGGCUACCCGGCCAACGUGUUCCAACCCCCGGUCCAGCAGCAACCCCCGCCCGUCGUCAACCAAUUCAACCAGUUCAACACGCAACCAAUCGCCCAACAACCGACCAUGUUCAACCCUGGCCAACCCCAACAACCCGCGUCCAACAACAACUUCAAGCCGUUCACCCCGGCUCCGCUAGUGCAAGCCGGCUCACCCUACCUUCCCGGAGUGUCCCCGCUGGACGUUUCGCAACCGCAGCAGCAGCAGCAGCAACACAUGCAACCCAACUUCCAGCCGCCUCCUCCGCCGAUGGGCAACAUCCAGAAGAACCCGACGCCACCGCCCGGCUGGAACGACCCACCCGCGCUCAACUCCAGCAAGCGAACGCAGUUUGGCGAACAGUACGAAAUGUCGGCGGUCCAUGCGGGGACGCGCCGCUGGCGAAAGAUCAUCGAUUCUAACGACCACCAGCACUCGAAUCGGUCCUCGCCGCAGCCCAAACCCGAAAUCACCCCGGUGGCCCCGAUCACCGCCCCCUUGCCAGGAGGCUUCCCCACCGGCCAGCAAAACAACGGUUACCCGGACCCGAACAGCAACUACAUGCCUGGUCAGUACUUACCCCCGGGUGGAAUGCAGAUGCCCCCACAACAGCAGCAACAAACCCAACCCCCAAGCAUAUUCAACCCCGCGGCCAUGGGACAACCACAGCAGCAGCAGCAGCAGAUUCCCGGUGCUAUAAAUUAUCAGAAUUUCCAGCAGACCUUGCCCCAGCAACAGCAGCAGCAGCAGAUGUCAGUGCCCCAGCAGAACAACUUCAACGCCACCAACUUCCGGCAACAGCCGGGCGGUGGUCAGCAGAACACGCAAGCUGCUCCGCCAGUGCCGGAACCUCCCAAGCAGAAGGCACCGAUCCCGGAGGAGUACGUCUUCCUGCAGACAGUAUUCGAGGAGCUGAAGAAGCACUGCAUUGCGGCGGCCGCGAAUCCGCAAACGAAGCGAAAGUUGGAAGACGUUUCCAAGCGGCUAGAGGUUUUGUACGAUCUGCUGCGGGAACAUAGGCUCUCGCAGAACACGCUCGGCUCGCUCGGCCAGCUGGUGCAGCUGAUCCAGGCCGGCGACUACGCGAACGGCAUCGGGCUGCACACGCAGAUGGUGUCGGGGCCGGACUUUGCCCAGAUCGCCAGCUUCAUGCCCGGUAUUAAGGUGCUGCUGCAGUCGGCGAUGCAGUUGCAGGUGUACUUGCGAUAAGUCCGCGUGGGGAGUAGCAGUAGCAGAUGGGUAGUAAACUAUUGUAGGCAAGAAUAUAAUUCUAAUAUAGGCAAAAUAAUAUCUGACAUUAUAUUAUAUAUGUGCUGUACGAUUGAACACGAACGAAAGAGAACGUUAAGCAAAGAGCGACUGCAUUUAACCUUGUUUCCCUACUUCAAACGAUUAAUUUCUGUUGUCUGUUUAGUUUAUGUUGAAAUCAUCUUCCGUUCUUACUUAGCGAGGCUGUUCAUCACUACAGUAUCGUUUUUGGUUGUUUCCGAUAGUUUUGCCGAUAAAACCGAUUCAAUAGAUUCUAUUUAUAUGUCUUUGUCGUUCCCCGAGUAAUACUUUAUUUACAAUGUAUUAUUUUAAGCUACAUGUAUCGCGAAAAUUAAACGUAUAUACUUUACACACUAACCUUC